CACCCCUUAUAUCGGUGAGAUAUUAAAAAUUGAUAUCGACAAUAUUUACUGAUUAAUAUCUCGGGGGUUAACCGUUUAGGGUUUUAGCAUCAUUCGAAGCUCCGAUCACACCACCACUCUCUGCAACUCCUCUGCUCCCAGUUAGCCACAGCUGAACGGAGGAUAGAAGAAGAUUUUCAGUUUGGCUGAAAGUAAAAGUUACUAUUAAGGAAUGGCUGCAGGUUUGGCUUCAAAAUGUUCACGGGUUGGUUGUUCAUUGUUGGGGGGCCUCGGCAACAACUUGUCUGGCUUAUUGAGUACAUCACAUGAGACGACAAGCUGCACUUUCUUAUCUCAGCAGCAAAGGACCUUCAUACAGAUGAGGACUGUUCUCAAAGUCGUGGACAAUUCAGGGGCGAAAAAGGUGAUGUGUAUACAAGCUUUGAAGGCAAAUAAGAAGGGAGCAAGAUUGGGAGACACCAUUGUUGCAUCAGUAAAGGAGGCCCAUCCGAAUGGAAAAGUGAAGAAAGGAAAGGUUGUUUAUGGUGUGGUUGUUCGUGCUGCCAUGCAGCGAGGCCGUUGUGAUGGGAGUGAGGUCAAGUUUGAUGACAAUGCUGUGGUACUCGUCGACAAGCAAGGGCAGCCGAUUGGGACAAGAGUAUUUGGACCCGUCCCGCACGAGCUGAGGAAGAAAAAGCAUGUCAAGAUUCUUAGUUUGGCAGAGCAUAUUGCCUGAAAAGUGGACCACAAUGGAAUUCCAGAUGCACAAUAAGAACAGAAUGCUAUCUUGUAACGAGGUGUUGGAAUUUUGGAACAUCCAGGUGAUAAAUUCAAGGACCAAUGCUCGAGCAGUUCUAGCUCUGGAACCAGUGCUUUAAUUUUCUUUCUGGCUAGCUAGAGUUGUUUGUUAGUGGAUAAUAAUAUAAACAAGUUGAUGAUUCGUUUACCCUAUCUAAACUCAUCCCUCAAA